AUGGCAACUAAUGGGUAUACGAAUGGCCUGCCACAGGAAGCAGCAACUCUUGUCGUGCCUGGGAAGGGUCACUACGUAGAGAAUGGGCGUCAUUAUCAGUUAUGGCAUCGCGGCCAGUACCCCUUCCCAAUCGACGAAAGCGAGCUGGACCGACUGGACGCCAUGCACAAGUUCGUUCUGGUUGCCCGGGGCUACCUACUGUACAGCCCUCACAUCAUUUUGGACAAUAUACCCAAUCUGAAAAUAUUGGAUCUCGGGUGUGGCACCGGAAUGUGGGCUCUCGACAUCGCAAAGAAAUUCUUCAACGGCAGCUCACUCGUCCACGGCGUCGACUUGUCAACGCAAAUGCAGGCAUCGGAGAUCUUCCCAAACAACGAUUUCAGAGCCAUGGAUAUCGAGGAGCCAUGGGCCUCCUUCCUUGAGGAGAGUUCCUACCAUCUGAUCCACGCCCGGAUGCUUGCUGGAAGCAUACACUUCGACUCAUGGCCACGAGUCUACGGCGAGGUUUUCAGAACCCAGCAAAUGCUCGCGGACGCAGGAUUUGUCGACAUCAAGCAGGAGGUCAUUCGCUUGCCUGUCAACGGAGGUUCCCUUGACCCGUUCGAGAUCGACGUUGGCAGGUGGUUCAACCUGAGCCUCCACAAGAGCUUCAUGGGCCUCAGCAUGGCUCCUUUGUACCGGGCCAAGAACUGGAGGCCGGAAGAUAUUGAGCGGCUCGAGAGAGACGUCCUCGAUGAGAUCGCUGAGCGCAGCAACCGGGCAUACUGCAAGCUGUAA